AUGAUUGGAUCGAUGGGUGGCGCUAUUCCCUAGAUUCAACAUGGCGUCUUCCAUGUCUUCUUCUGGCGCUCGCUCAUGUCGGAGGAUUUUACAGCUCAAUCCUUGCCGAUUUGUGAAAAGAUAUAGCUCCACGAUUAGUAAGGACGCCCUUCCGUCUGCAGUAAAAAUCGUGGAGGUUGGACCUCGGGAUGGGCUUCAAAAUGAGAAGGAAAUUGUUAGCACAGAAACAAAAGUGGAGCUAAUCAACAGAUUGUCUGGAACUGGACUUAAAGUCAUAGAGGCGACCAGUUUUGUAUCCCCAAAAUGGGUACCACAGAUGGCAGACCACACAGAGGUGUUGCAGUCCAUUAAGAGGAGGGCGGGAGUCAGCUACCCUGCCCUAACACCCAAUGUCCGGGGCCUGAAAUCAGCCCUCCUGGCCGGUGCCGAGGAAGUGGCCAUAUUUGGAGCGGCCUCAGAAACAUUCAGCAGGAAGAACAUCAACUGUUCAAUUUGGGAGAGUAUUGACAGAUUUCAAGCCGUGGUGGAUGCAGCAAAGCAAGCUGGUGUUGCUGUACGUGGUUAUGUGUCGUGCGUUCUGGGGUGUCCGUAUGAGGGGAAAGUACUCCCUACUGCAGUUGCCCAGGUAGCCAAGAGGUUGUAUGACAUGGGCUGCUAUGAGGUGUCCCUGGGUGAUACAAUAGGGGUGGGCACCCCUGGUGAGAUGAAGCAACUCUUGGAGGUUGUCACAAAGGAAGUGCCUGUAGAAUGCCUGGCUGUUCAUUGCCAUGAUACUUACGGGCAGGCUUUGGCAAAUAUAUAUGCUGCUCUGCAGUGUGGUAUUAGCGUAGUAGACUCGUCUGUCGCUGGCCUAGGAGGCUGUCCGUAUGCCAAGGGUGCUUCAGGCAAUGUGGCUACAGAGGACUUGGUCUACAUGUUGGAUGGACUUGGCAUCCAAACAGGAGUUGACCUCCAAAAAGUGCUAGAUGUUGGCAAUUUUAUUUGCAAAGUUCUUGGCAAAUCUCCGUCUUCCAAAGUUUCCAGGGCUAUGAGUAAACUGUGAAGUAAAGCCCCACAAGUCUUUUUUUCAGUGAUCUGAAUGUGAUGAGUUACGUCAAAAGCAGACUCUUAUGCUGGUUAAAAUGUAUUCAAUCACUUAAACAAAGACAUUGACACAAUAGGGAACUACUAACAUAGAGGGUUGGAUAGCUCAGUUGGUAGAGCACUGGAAUGGUAAUCCAGAGGUUGCAGGUUCAAAUCUUGCUUCAGUCAAUUCUUUUGUUCAACUUUGAACAAUUGUUAUAAUGCACCAUGUCAGUUUCCCUUAAUGACUUUUUGAAAAAGACUUUCCUUUGCAUUACUAUGUCUGUUUGAAGUUUGUGAUGUAAAAAAAAAGUGAAAAUAUAUUGCUUGUUCAAGUUUUGGGUCAUACAUUUCUUGAACCGAUACACCUCUACAAUAAAAAAGAAAUCACCUUUUAGGGUAAACUUUAGGUCUCAAACUUUUGCAGUAUAUUUAGACAGGAUCAUAAAUCUGAAAAAAACCCUGACUAUUAAGGACAACAUUUUUGGUCGGGAUCUUUUGCAGUAUAUUUUAGUUACGUAAGAUUACACAUUUGAAAGAAAAACUGACAAUUGAAAAAUGUCUGGUUUUGACAAUACAUGUACUUCAAUUUUUUUUAAGUUUUGUUUUUACACACAUGAAUUGCUGUAUUUCUCAUGCAAUUAUUAUUCAUUUUUAUUUUCAGUCAGUGCUUGAGAUUUAUCCAAACAAUUAUAAUUAAUUAUGUUGAAAAGUAAUCAUUUCCUAUAAAUCAAGUUUUUGUGAAUUAUGUGAAUUGUUGCAAAUGUCUAUACAGAGCCUUAAAGCUUAUAAAACAGACUAUUUAUGUAUAUACCUGUAUAAACAAAACCUUAAAAUCGAAAAUGGGAUAGUAUAAUAUAUUGGGGUGAACAGUCCCCCAAAUUUCCUGUUUGACAAAUUAAAAAAAGGAGACAAAUCCAGAAUUUCUGAAUUGUCAAUUA